AUGAAGGCUAGCCUACCUCAUACCGAUGCCUACGUCAAGCUUGCACUCCUCGAUGGCGGCAGCUUUUUGGGAGAUUUGAGCCGGAUGCAUGCUGGUGAAAGUGGCACGUUCCGUAUGUAUAACUGGGCGUUCUACAUUUCGCACCAGGGAAGACACAUACUCUGGGAUCUAGGGUUAGACGAGGACCGAAGUUGUUACACCCCUUGGGUCAACAAAUUCAUGCUAGAGCAUGUCAAUCAUGUUGGGCCUAGCAGAACCAUCGUUCAACAAUUAUUGGAAAGAGGUGUACCCGCCGAAGAUGUCGAUACUGUCUUGUUCAGUCACGCUCAUUGGGACCACUCGCGACCCAUUAGCGAUGUGUUUCCAAAUGCAAAAGCGUAUUUCGGUCCGGGCACGAGAGAGGCGUGCCAACCAGGGCACAUGAAAGACCCAAGCCUGCAGUGGGACGGUCGCUUUUUCGAUCCCGAGCAUUCGACGGAAAAAUGGGACGAGCUAGAAGGUGAAUGGAAACCCUUCGGCCCUUUCGAAAGAGCGCUGGACUACUUUGGUGACGGUAGUUUCUGGAUUCUUGAUGCGCCUGGCCAUAUGCCGGGUAACAUGGCGGCGGCUGCAAGACUGCAAGACGGCGAAUGGGUGAUGCUGGGUAGCGAUUGUUGUCAUUCGCGGGAUUUGUUGAACGGCGCGCGAGAAAUUGCGGAGUUUCAGGGCCCAGGGGCAGUGAGUAUGUCUCUUCAUACAGACCUUGCCUCUGCGAAAGAUACCAUUGCUAAGAUACGGCUGCUUGAAACCAACUCUGGUGUUCACACCGCGCUCGCUCACGACGCGUCAUGGCUGAAGAAGGGUACAGAUCAGGUGCUUAUGUCACUACUAGACGACAAGAUGUGUGUCGCAGCCAAGGAGAAGAUACCGUAUGAUGAGAUACCAUAG